AUGGGUAAGAGAGCGCUGCUGUUUGUGGUGUGGUUUGCCGUUGUGGUGUCUGUGGGCUGGUGUUGGGGUGAAGAUGCGGCGAAGACAGCCAAUUUGGCUGCCGGUAAUGUGAAAGUUCGAGUAGAAGAGUCCAAGCAGAGUGCUUCCGAGACGGCGCACGAUUUCGAAGAUAAGGUUGAAUCUUGGGCAGAUUGGGCAAUGAACAAAUUUACUGGGGAAUCUGGAUCCAGCCAUGAUGGUGAAAAAGAUGUAGCUCCAACGAUUAAAGAAAACGUCAAGUAUGCUGCUUCAAAAUCCUCUGAUACGCUGAAUUCUGCAGCAUAUGAAACAUCAAAGUAUGCUUCGGAGAAGGGCAAUGAUGUGGGAGAAACAACAUCCAAGAAAAUAGGCGACGCCAAGGACUAUGCUUCAGACAAGUAUGGUCAAGUCAUAAAUACUGCAUCUGACAUAGCUAAUGAUGCUAAAGAAUUUGGGAAGGACAAAGCAAACAAGGCCUAUGAAAUGGCUUAA